AUGGGUCUUAAGGGUAAACUCACUGCCCAAAUAGAAAUGAGGGCUGGAGGAGAUGUAUUUCAUGAUCUUUUUAGGUACACACCACACCAAAUACCCAAAAUCAGUCCUACUACUAUUCAAGGAUGUGAUUUGCAUGAAGGAGAAUGGGGAACUGUAGGCUCUGUCUACUUCUGGAACUACACUCAUGAUGGGAAACCGCAAGUAGCGAAAGAGGUAAUUGAAGCCAUUGACGAGGCAAAAAGGUCAGUGACAUUCAAGUUGAUUGAAGGAGAUCUCCUGAAGGUAUUGAAGGCCUUCAAAGUCAGUUUCCAUGUUGAGACUGAUGGUGACAUUGAUUUGAUAACAUGGACUCUUGAGUACGAGAAAUUAAAUGACGACGUUGAAGAUCCAAUCACUUUGUUGGGAUUUUGCAUUAAACUUGCAAAGGAUAUUGAAUCUCACCAUCUCAAGGCACCCUGA